UAGGUCGUAAAUAAUAGAUUUUGAAUAAUAUUGUGCAUGUAACUUAACUUUUUGAUAAGAAAGUACUUUGCUAAGUGUUACCUUUGUAUGGCAAUAGGGGUAGGUAGGUAGGUAUAGGUUGGAUAGAGUAUCUAAUGAUAUUUUUGCAACAUUGCAUUGUUAAAUUGCAUAUAUUUUGUUGAGCGCUUGACCUUGUACUGCAUUCUUUGUAGCAUCGAUCUAAAAAUCAAUAAACUAUAAUUCUAUUUUUAAUUAAUUGAAAAGUAAAGUUGUGUGGCUACAUUUCAAUCUUUGCUGGGCGGCUGUGUUCUGUGCUGUGUAAUUAAUAUAUUAUAUUCAAAACAAAAUGUGGGGUCUAUUUUUGUCGGUUCUGAGCUGGUUACAGCUCAGUCCAGUACCAUUUAUCGCAGAUGUGAUUGGUACCACAGAACCUGCACUCAAACUCCUCAUAUCUAUUUUAAUGGGGUACCCCUUAGCUGUAGUUUACCACAAAUAUGUAAGGCAUCAGUAUAAAGAACAUCGAAACAAUUAUUUUAUUCUGACUGGAUUAGACAUGGCCUACUACAAUUUCGGUUUAUCCAUGUUCCAUAAUGUCAUACCAGCUGUUGUCAUCUACCUCACUACAAUGGUGCUCGGGCCGGGCAAGAAGAAUGUAAUUGUGUCUUUAAUAUUCAACAUGUCCUAUCUACUGAUUGGAUAUAUAGUAACGGAGUCAGAAGAUUAUGACAUCACAUGGACAAUGCCUCAUUGCGUGCUCACACUGAAGUUGAUAGCACUCUCUUUUGACCUCUGGGACGGAAAGAAAAUGUCAAAAGGAGAAGAGCUCUCGGCCAAUACUAAAAAGACAGCCCUGACACAAGCGCCAUCGUUCCUGGAAUUGAUUGGUUUCAUAUACUUUCCUGCAUGUUUCCUUGUUGGGCCAAUUUUCUCCUUCCGGCGGUACUCAGAUUACCUAAAUGACAAGUUUCCUUUAGACAAAGAAGAGGCUGUGUUCAAUAAGCAAGCAAUGACUAGAUUAUUACAAGGAGUGGCCUAUUUAAUUGCUUUCCAAGUUGGAGUGUCGGUGUUCAGCAUGAAGUACAUCCUAUCUGACGAGUUCUGGGACGCAUCAAUCUUCUACCGCCACCUGUACUGCGGGCUCUGGGCUCAUUUCGCUCUUUACAAGUACAUUUCGUGUUGGUUGCUCACUGAAGCAUCUUGCAUACGCUUCGGGCUAUCGUUCAACGGAACGGAGAAAAAGGACGACGACACGGUGGUAUCGAAGUGGGAUGGCUGCAGCAACAUCAAGCUGCUUCGCUUCGAGUUCGCCACCAAAUUCCAGCACUACAUCGAGAGUUUCAACUGCAACACCAACCACUUCGCAGCUGAGUAUAUUUACAAACGUCUCAAGUUCCUAGGCGACAGGAACCUCAGCCAGGGCUGCACGCUCCUCUUCCUAGCGCUAUGGCACGGCACACGAUCCGGCUACUACAUGACAUUCUUCAACGAAUUCAUGAUUAUGUACAUGGAAAAGGAACUCGAACCUAUCAUCAGCAAAACCAAAAUCUACAACCAAAUGUGGGCCAACAAGUACACGUCUUACAUACUAUAUUUCCUCCUCAAACUGUACACAAUAGUUUUCAUGGGAUGGAGCUUGGUGCCCUUCGAUGUCAAAGUUUUCUCCAAGUGGUGCAGCAUUUACGCUAGCCUGUAUUUCUCUGGGUUCCUUUUCUUCUUGCCAUGGGCAUUCGCUUAUAAACCGAUGUUAUUGUCAGUAAAAAACAAGUUGUAACGUGCGGUUUCGACUGUCUACCUAUUCAAAAUGUCAAGUUGACAACACAUUUGAUUUUUCAUGUCCGUCAAAAUGGCGGGAUCUACAUGGAAUCCAGAUACUUCUACUAUUUCCUUCGGUGAAAUAAUUGCUAUCUUGAUAUUUGUAGUUAUAAGUUAAAUUAUCUGGUCUCGCCAUCUUAAUAUCAAAAUAGCGGGACCAAACUAAAGGAAAUAUUGAAAUUAAAUGAACUCAAUAACAGCGAAUGGUUUAUUUUGGUCCCGCUAUUUUGAUAUGAAGAUGGCGAGACCAGAUAGUUUUUAUAAUUUAGCUUAUAACUUUACAAAUAUCAAGACAGCAAUUAUUUCAUCGAAGGUAGGAAAUAGUAGAAAUUAGGUAGUAUU